GAUUUUAUUCCACAAACAAGGUCCAGGUUGAGCAAUACAAAACUAAAUAAACUUUGUUCGAAAAAAUGGUUCAUUAAAAAAGUCAUUAUUACGCAAGUAAAAAUAUGAACAUUACUACCCAAAUUUCGCUGCCAAAUGAACCAAAUGCAUACGCAGCGAUUGCUUCUCUUUUUGUGCUUUCAACAACUACUACAACGGUUAAUGCUGGAUGUCUUGUUAUAAUAAGAAAAUCAAAGAAAAUGUUAACUAGACCGUCCGUACAUUUUAUCAUCAAUAUAUUGGUAGUUGAUUUGUUGCAAGGAACGUUUGUCAUUCCAAUUUAUGCUAUAAAAAAAAUUAAAAUUCAAAAUAGAUUUUGGGAAAACUUUGUUUGCGAUUCUUUUCGUUUUUUAUACAUGAUAACAUACUAUAUGUCAAUAUUUUGCGUUUUACUUAUAGCCCUAGACCGAUACAUUGCUACAACUUUCAUUUUUAAAUAUAGAACAUUGAUUAAAAUAAAAACAGUAAGAAUUAUUACAAUCUCAUCUUGGAUUUAUGUUACGGCGCUGUGUUUAAUUCCAUUUUAUAAAGUACCCUCACAACAUAUUUCGAAUCAAGAAAAUGAUUCUUGCAUUUAUCGCCCUUCAAAUAAUUGGACAAUAACAAUGCUUAUUUUAAAUUGCUUCAUUCCUUAUCUUGUUAUAUUGUUUUUCUACAGUUGUAUUUUUAAACAUAUUCAAAAUAUUGAAAAUCAAUCUGGUAGAGAUCGAAGAGGAGACAGAAGCCUAUCUGAUAAUGCUAGAAUUGUUCUAAAAAUUGCAGUUUUUGUGUCAAUAUGCUAUGCUAUUUGUUGGACACCGUCAGUUAUCUAUUAUGUAUUAGGGAAGUUUUGCCCAAAGUAUUGUUUCUCAAAAAAUUUUAAAAACUCUACCGGUAGAAGUAACAUAGAGUUUGCAAUAAAAUAUAUAGGAUUUUUAAACUCACUUGGAGCACCUUUGGUUUACUGUUUAACUGUUAAAGAAUUUCGAUAUAGACUGCCUUUUUCAAAAAAAGGCAGUAUGAAAACCGUUUCGACAACAUGCGAUGCGUACGCAAAUAUGUCACGAAUGUGAAACAUAUUUAUAUAAUAAAUAUGUGGCUAAGAUUUGUUUCUACAUUUCAAUAAGUUACGAGAAAUUGUGUUAAGCUACAGUUAUUACUCGUGAGUCAUAUUUAUGUUAUUCAUAACUGGUUUUCCCGACGUAUGAUUAUAUAGAGUUGUUACUCGUGAGUUAAAUUUGUGUUAAUUAUUCACUUACUUAUUAAUCUUCUUGACGUAUUGUUUAAAGAUUUUAGCCAUGAAGAGUUUACUCCUAUUAGUAACAGUUUUUUUCCCCUAAUCUUUCUUUGUGUUAAUUUGCACCAUGAUAACGAGGCUUAUUAUUUACAUUUAUUUUUUAAAAUAGAAAUAAUAUCUUUAAACUA